UUAUUUAGAAAAGAAUGGGUUUCCAAACCCUGGUUUUUACAGCUUUCAUGUAACCCUGGCUGUCCUGGAAUUAGCUCUGUUGACCAGCUAGUCUGGAAACCACAGAGCACUGCCUGCUUGUGUGUUGGGAUUGGAAGCAGGCGCCACUACUCCCAGAGAAAGUGAGGAUGUGUAUUCUCUGCUCGUGGACUCGUGGAUGUGUGGGUGCCCGGGGAUGCUAGAAGCCGUAGGAUCCUCUGUAGCUGGGUUACAGACCUCUGUGAGCCAUUGAUGGGAGUGCCGGGACGGAAACUCCAGCCUUCUGUAAGAGCAGUGGGCACUUCUUUACCCCUCAGCCAUCCCUCCAGACUCCAGACACUGCCCUACAUUUUUAAUAUGUUUGCUUUAAUGUGUUUGGUUUUUGGUUUUGGUUUUUUUUUUGGUUUUGAUUUUUUUUUUUUUUUUUUUUGAGACAGAGACUCAUAGUUACUGUCCAUUCAUUGUGAAGAGACACCGUCUGACCAAGGCAGUGCCUGUAGAGUCUCAAAAACUGGAGAGCAAGCAUUCAAACUUAAGAGUCUAUGGGAGUUGUUCUCAUUGAAACCACCACAUAAGGUCUCCCUGUGUAGCUCUGACUGGCUACACAGUCACUGUGUGGGUUUGGUUCUCCAUAAACUCUUAAGGAGUUUGAAGCCUCCCAGGUACCCGGCUUCGGGUCUUUAUUUGAAGAUGUGCUGUUUGUGAAUGUCAGGCUUUACACUGUAGCUCAGGCUGGCCUCAAAUGCAGACAGAGCCUAGUAUUCAGACUCAGCCUUCCAGAUGCUGGCACUAUAGACAUCUCCACGCCUGGCCUCUCAAGACUGUCAUGAAUUCGAUUCCCUUGAGUAAUGCCAAUGUGUUUGGCAUGAAGGAGGAGGGGGAGGGGGAGCAGCAUGCUCUCUGCAUGCAUCCAGUUGACUCUCUGUGUCUUUGAGGUGCGGGUGGUGGCUGGCGUGAACAUUCUUGGCUUUACAUUAUCCUGUCUCCCUUCCCUUCCCUCCCCUCAAUGAGUUUCAAAUGUGCCCACCCUCCAAAAAGAAAGGCCUAAACAAACAAGCAACCAGAAGAAACCUUGGGUGGAAGCAGAGGCUCAGUGACUGGGAGUUGGCUGGGUGGAAGCUGAGUGACCAGGCUCUGCAGACCCAGCGGGAUCCCUGCCCUCCAGCACAACAGAGCUGGCUCAGGAGCUGACGUCAGGCUUUCCCUUGAGUACCCAGGGUAGGGUAUGGUGGUCCACUGAUGGGAGGGCCGGCUUGAAGGAUCACCUCAGGUGGGUUUUUAACCAGGCUGCAGCUCAUCUGCGUGCAAUCGUUCCUUUGCGAGUUUCCUUCAGAGAGGCUAGAACCACACUCUAAAGACAGUCCAGAGAGUAUAAUUUACCUUUCACCAAGACUUGCUUCUUUUAAAAUGUGCCCGGUGGGGAUGUGAAAACUUAGAAUUGAGUCAUGGUUGAUUCAGGCCUAUUGAUAGGGAGUGCCCUGAGGGUCAGGCCUGGGGCCCUGUGCAUGCUGAGCACAGGCACCACCUGAGGUGACUCCUGCUUCCGACUUUGACCUGUGGCCUCUAUCUUCAGCAAGUCUCAAAUGGCGAUGAGAGCAGUUUGUAAUUGGAAGACAUCUUCCUGCUCCAGAAAGUAGAUCAGCAGUUGGUUUUCAAGGCGGGAUUUCUCUGUGUAGCCCUGGCUAUCCUGGAACUCACUCUGUAGACCAGAGUGUCCUCAAACUCAGAGAUCCACUUGCUUUGCUGAGAUUGAAGAUGUGUGCCACCACACUCAGCUUGGGUUCUGAUGGUUUGAAGCUAGUUAUACACGCCACUUGUUUAGACAAAAGAAAUAUGAUGUGGAAAUGGCCUAUCUCCUCUUGUUGAUAAAACACCCCAGCUAGAAAAGGUGGUGACAGUGGAGCUAGGCUGGUGGCUGUAAUGCACUGCCGCCUCUCCCUGGAUCCCUAGGGUUUCCUUUGAUUUUUUUUUCCCCCUCAAAUUAAGCAGCUAACAGGAAGAACAUUUUUUUUUUUGUUUGUUUGUUGUUGGUUUUUUUUUUUUUUUUUUGUUUUUCGAGACAGGGUUUCUCUGUAUAGCCCUGGCUGUCCUGGAACUCAUUUUGUAAACCAGGCUGGCCUCGAACUCAGAAAUCCGCCUGCCUCUGCCUCCUGAGUGCUGGGACUAAAAGCGUGCACCAUCACGCCCAGCCUUAAGCUCCUUUUUCAAAGCAGGGUCUUUAUGAAGCCCAGGCUGACUGACCUUGAACUCAGGUCCUCCUGCCUCUAGGAUCAUAGCUGUGUGCCUCCAUAUCAGUUCCCCCACCCCCUUAUGUAUUGCCCGAACCAAGAAUGAAACCCAGGGUCUCGUAUGUGCAGGCAAGAGAUCUACCACUGAGUGCAUGUCCAAGCCCGAGAAAACGUCUUGUGCAAGUUAAAGGAUAACUAGGUAACUAGUCUUCUGGGUUGAGAAUUCGGAUGUAUGUUUACUUUCCACUCGUGUGAGCCAGUGGGCAGUCUAGAUAUUGCCCGGUCAGUGAUGAUUGGCCCUGUGAGAAAGUGUCCUUAGACAUUGUAUCAGUUGUGUGCCAGGCACUGGAGCACUCGUCCAGCCUGUCAGAAGAGCAGCAACACUGUGCAGAAGGUGAAAAAGUGGGUGCCAUGCCUGGAACCAGAGGUCUUUAUGUUCACACAAGCCUUGAAAGACUGAGUCAAGAAUAGUGGUGCACACCUGUAAUCCCACGCUCAGGACGCCGGCUGAGGCCGAGGCUCAUGAGUCUGAGGCCAGCCUGGGCAACAUGCAGAGAUUGUCUCAAGGGGAAAAAGAGGAAGAGUAAAAGAAGAUUUGAAAGUUGAGCUGAGCGGAGCCGCGUUGUCUGGUAGCUGGGCAGGUGGUGGUGUGGCCAGUGCACGCAGAGAUGAGGCGGAGUGGGGAGAGCGUUCCAUGCUGCAAGCAUUUCCUCCUGGCCGGAGACACUGGCAUUGGCAAGACUCAGUGGAAAAAGAUGGAGCCAGAGAGGAAAUAGACAGACGGUUGGAAAAAAAACUGAAGAUCACACAAAAAGAGAGCAGGAAAUCCAAAUCUCCUCCCAAAGUGCCCAUUGUGAUUCAAGACGAUAGCCUUCCCACGGGGCCCCCUCCACAGAUCCGCAUCCUCAAGAGGCCCACCAGCAACGGUGUGGUCAGCAGCCCCAACUCCACCAGCAGGCCAGCCCUUCCUGUCAAGUCCCUAGCACAGCGGGAGGCAGAGUAUGCAGAGGCUCGGAGACGGAUCCUAGGCAGUGCCAGCCCUGAAGAGGAGCAGGAGAAACCCAUCCUGGACAGGCCAACCAGGAUCUCCCAACCCGAAGACAGCAGGCAGCCCAGCAAUGUGAUCAGACAGCCGUUGGGUCCUGACGGGUCACAAGGCUUCAAACAGCGCAGAUAAAUGCAGGCAAGAAAGGACGCCGCUGCUGCCACCACCGCCUCCUGGAUGGUCUGCCAUGGGUCGCACUGCUGUGGCAGACGGCUGGACUUGAGCAGAGGGAAUAACCUGACUUACUUGCACUGUGAUCCCCCUUGCUCCGCCCACUGUGACCUUGAACCCCAUGCACUGUGACCUCUGCCUCCCCCCCUUCCCACUGUGAUUGGCAUGUUGACAAGGGCUGUCCCAAGUCAAUAGAAAGGGAAAGGGUGGGGACUAGGGGAGGAUUAGGGGAGCCUACCAAGGACUCAGAGUAGAAGGUCAGACAGUGCCACUUGGCCACUUGGGGUAAAGCCAGUGCCAGCAAUAACAGUUUAUCAUGCUCAUUAAUUUGGGAUUUCAAACCACAAAUGAGAACUUCCCCACCCACCCCAAGUGCAUGUCGCCAUCACUUAAAAGUUCCAUUGAAAAUAGCCUUUCUUUUUUUUUUUUUUCUUCCUAUUUUUGUUUGUUUAUACAAAUACCUGAUUUGCAAGAAAAAGUGCAUGGAAGAGGUUUCAGCAGUUUAAUGAAUUUUUAAUUGAGAAAGGGUAGUUUAGUAUUCACUUAAAAGAUGUUUCUAGGAAAUUUGCUAGGAACAUUAACCAAUAGGAGUUCGAUGAGCUUAGCUUCUGUAUUCCUACUGCCGCCCAGAAGAGAGGCCGGGCUCGGAAGUCCCCAGAGAUGAGCAUCUGUGCCUAAAUCGCCUUCCUCCAGCUAAGUCCCAGCUAAGUUGCCUAGAGAUAGCUCAGAGAGCCUGGGGGAGGGGCUGACCCCAUGUUAGUAUUGUGAGAGAUGGGGAAAGUGACAGGCUUCCCCUUCCCACACCCCUCAGGGUGGGCUGGCUCCCUACCAGCCAGGUUCGCUGCUUCUAAAGGAGGGCACAGAGUGACUCUGGGCUCAGAAAGGCAGUGAGGACACUUGUCCAGUGUUUGCUGUCGGCACAAGCCCAAGAGAGAGUCUGGCUCCAGAACUCCAGGCCUUUGCCUGGAGUGGUCAGAGUAGAGAGGCCUGUCCCUUCCAGCAAGACUGGAUGGAACACUUAAGGAUCUGAGGCCCUGGUUCAGAGACUGUACUGGAACGUUGCCUGGUGAAAUGAGUGGGACUGGAGCAGCCGGGGAAAGACAGAGUGUGCAUUGCAAAGGCAGAUGGCCAAAAGGUUCCUCGGAGGCCUCGGCUGCCCCUUCUCUCCCUGAGCAGAACAAGGCUGGCAUGAAGGCCAUCUCUGUCCCCGAGCCUGGAGGUUUGCUUUGGCUCUCGGUGGGAGAGGCUUGAGAGGGCGGCUGUGUCCCACUAGGUGCUCUCUGGCUUUGUGAUCUCUUCCAAUGCACUUGGCCUUACCCCUCGGCCAGCCUGACAGCCGACCAGCACUCUCCUGACCAGCACUCGGGUGUGGGAGUGGGAGUGGGCGGGGUGGGGUGGGAUUAGGGCAGCCAGGGAUCACACCGCCUUCGGUUCCUCUGGCUUGUGCGCUAUAGCAGUGGCCCGUAUCAUCUUCCCCUUAGGAAGAGGCUCUUCCCCAGCACAGCCCUAGAUCUGCCUGAAACCAGGGGCCAUCUGUGAGUGAGCCUCACAGAGCCUCAGCAGGAGGGCCGGCCACCCCCAGGGUAGGGAGGAACUUGGCUGCUAGCUCAGAGUCUAGGGCCCACCCACAGAGGCUAGUGGUUUUGGUUGGAGGACAGACUGCCCUUUCUUUGGAGAAGGGUGCAGAAACCCUGCUUGCCUGGUCCCCUCUAGUGGAAGCCAAGGGCGGGCGGCAUCUGCACGUCGAGAGCUCACAAGAGUGGCUCUCCCAUCUCAGUCUGGCCAAAGAAGGCCCCGCCCACAGUGCACCUGCCUCCCCACUCCCACCAGCAGUCAUGCCUUUGGCCUCCUAGGUGAGAGGUGGCCGGCACCACUGAAGAAGGAAAGGAAGAAAGGAAAACAGACUGGUGUUGGGGGAGGGGGUGUGGGAAACGGUUUGGAUUUUGUGUGUGUGUUUGUGGGGUUUAUUUUUGUGUGUGUGUGUUUCCAUUUUUUUGUAGUUGUCUAUAAAUCCAUAAGUGCUUUUUUUUUUUUUCCUUUUUUCUUCUUUCUGUCUUUAAGUAAGUUGCAGGCUUUGGCUUGGUAAUUCCCAGGGGGAUGAAGGGCAGGAACCUGAGGCUGCUGCCCCUUUGUCUGCCUUCAUGGUACUGCCCCUUCCCCCAGCUCUUCCUGGACCCCACGAGCCAGGCCUCGGCCCUUCCAGCUAACCGCUUCCCAUGAGCCACUACUCUGAUGUCAGCCUAUAACCAAAGGAGCUGGGGGUCCGGGUCUGGUGACCAGCCCUUCUCAGUCCCCUCAAUCAGGGUGCUCCCCACCUGCAGGCAGGAGGCAACACCCUAUCUGCUGCCAUCAGCCCCUUCCAGAGCCCACCUGUCCCCGCCCAGCCCUGUCCUGCCCUGCCAUACCCUGCUCUACCCCAUCUGGGGGUGCUGUGCUCAGGGAUGGGCCGGCAGGGCUGCAUCCAGUCUCCCUGGUAAGCAGAGACUCAAGAAAACCUCUAGGGUCCUGCUUCUGGUCAUAUGACCCCAGGGGGGUGACCCUUGGGCAUCUAUCUGUACAGAAGGGACUGGGAGGGAGGGCCACACCCUGCAGUCUCACUCUGCUGGUGUAGCGGGCAGCUCCUCACCCUAACCCCCACCGCGGGCUCCUGAGUCGGCAGAUUAAGCAUUUUAUAAAUUGUAUUUUAAAUACAUGUUUUAAACUUGUCA